AUGCGUUUCGCAACCGUCUUCGCCGGAAUGGCGGCCAUGGCUGCCACCACGGCCAACGCAAUCCAGGGCUUCAACUAUGGCGCAUUCUUCCUGAACCAGCAGCCCAAGUUCCAGGUCGACUUUGAAUACGAGUUCCGCCGUGCUCAGCAGCUGCCGGGCACCUCCGGAUGGAACUCUGCGCGCCUGUACACUAUGGUCCAAUGGCAGACGGCCAACGACGUUGUCCAGGCCAUCCCGGCCGCCAUCAACACGCGCACGUCCCUCCUGCUCGGCCUCUGGGUCUCGGGCGGCCCGCAGGCCAUCGAGAACGAGCUGACUGCGCUGCGCAAGGCCAUCGACCAGUACGGCACGGCCUUCACGUCGCUCGUCGUCGGCAUCUCGGUCGGCUCCGAGGACCUUUACCGCAACACCAACAACGAGGUCGGCGUCGACGCCGCCUACCUGCUCAACUGCAUCCAGCGCACCCGCGACCUCAUCCGCGGCACGGCCCUCGCCAACGUCCCCGUCGGCCACGUCGACACCUACAACGCCUUCCUCGACGGCCGGAAUGCUGCAGUCAUCCCCGCCAUCGACUUCAUCGGCUUCGACGGCUACCCCUACUGGGAGCAGACCCUGCCCAACUCCAUCGAGAACAGCCGCGAGCGCUUCUACGACGGCCUCAACAAGACCAUCGCCAUCUCCCAGGGCAAGCCCGUCUGGAUCACCGAGACUGGUUGGCCCGUCGUCGGAAAGCAGGUCAACCAGGCUGUCGCCAGUGCCCAGAACGCCAGGAGGUACUGGCAGGAAGUUGCGUGCUCCCUGAUCCGUGCCAACAUCAACGUCUGGUGCUUCGGCGUUUAUGGCCCUGGUGAUCUUUUCUCCAUCAACCCAUACUAUGAUCUUUCUUGUUAA